AUGCGACAACCGAUAUUGAACGAUCUUUGGUCGACGUUGCAGCGUCGCACGCGCAGUGACUCGCCUCUCCCCCCGGCGUCGGGUGCGCCCUUCCCCCUGGCGUCGCGUGCGCCCUUCCCCCAGCGUCGCGUGCGCCCUUCCCCCCGGCGUCGCGUGCGCCCUUCCCCCCGGCGUCGCGUGCGCCCUUCCCCCCGGCGUCGCGUGCGCCCUACCCCCCGGUGUCGCGUGCGCCCUUCCGUACUCAAUCCCCGCCCUUCCCCCUCACUGACCUCCCCGCCCUUUCUCCUCGUCUCCAUGCCCUUUCCCCUCCGUGUCCCCCUUCCCCACCCCUCAGGUGUGUGA